AUGUUUGGACACUCCACGUCGAAAGCAGCGGUCGCUGUAGAGGGCAGUCUAUCGGAUGCGGACUCGAGGAAGGUAGACGAAGACCUUGCGGAGCAGGGUAGGUGGCAAGAUUGCAUUCGUUUGGACAGAGAGCGACUGCUGACAUGUGCUGGAAGACUCUCAAGGUGGCCAUGCCGGGGAAGCGAAGCGCCAGAUUGGCGUGGUGUCGGCGACGUUCCUCAUCUUCAACCGCAUGAUUGGUACUGGAAUCUUCGCAACGCCGAGUGGAAUCCUCUCGUUGAGCGGAAGCGUUGGGCUGGCACUGUUCAUGUGGCUAGCCGGAAUGCUGAUCGCUGCAGCUGGCAUGGCAGUCUAUCUGGAAUUCGGAACUGCUAUCCCACGAAACGGAGGCGAGAAGAACUAUCUCGAAUACGUCUUCCGCAAACCCAAAUUCAUCGCCACCGGCUUCUACACUGGCUACGUGAUCCUUCUUGGCUGGGCUGGGUCGAACUCUGUCGUCUUUGGAGAGUAUAUUCUGAAUGCGGCCAACAUCGAAGUCGGCCGAUGGAACCAGCGUGGUGUCGGACUGGCUUGUGUCACCGCUGCCUUUCUCAUCCAUGGCUUGGCGCUGAAAUGGGGCCUGAGACUGCAGAACCUGCUCGGCGUCAUCAAGCUACUAGUGAUCCUCGUCAUCGUCGUGUCCGGCUGGGCAGCUCUUGGCGGUGCAUUGAAGGUCGAGAAGCCCCACAACUUUGACCACGCCUUCGAAGGCACGACGGGCAGCGCGUACGGAGUGGUGACGGCGCUGUACAACGUCAUCUGGUCAUACCUGGGAUACAGCAACGCGAACUAUGCUCUCAGCGAGACGAAGAACCCCGUCAAGACGCUCAAGUUUGCAGCACCGCUCGCCCUGGGCAGCGUGGCUAUCCUUUACAUGCUUGUCAACGUUGCUUACUUCGCCGCCGUCCCCAAGGCAGAGAUUCUCUCGUCUGGCCGUAUCCUUGCAGCUUCGUUCUUCCGCAACGUCUUCGGCAGCCGUGCAGAGCGAGCCCUGUCCGUCUUCGUUGCCCUCUCGGCAUUUGGCAACGUGCUCAGCGUAAUCUUCUCGCAAGGAAGACUGGUUCAGGAACUGGGUCGAGAGGGAAUCCUACCCUUCUCGCGUUUCUGGGCGAGCAAUCGGCCUUUCAACGCACCACUGGCUGGACUGUUCGAGCACUGGUUGGUGUCUGUCAUCAUCAUGCUUGGUCCCCCGCCCGGCGACGCAUACAACUUCAUCAUCAAGUAAGUCCCACAGAACUCUUGAGCCACGCGUUGAGACUAACCAUUCCACCCUUUCCCAGUGUCAUCUCAUACCCCCUGGCAAUCGUCAACUCCUUCGUCGCCCUCGGCCUCCUGUACCUGUACUUCCACAAACCCGCCUGGGCCUGGAAUCCCCCAUUCAAAGCCACCUGGCCCGUCGCCCUCUUCUUCUUCCUCAGCAACGUCUACCUCGUCUUCGCGCCCUUCGUGCCGCCCACGGAGGGCAACGACAUCUACGAGCACCUGCCCUAUUACUUGCACUGUGUGGUGGGUUGGGGCAUCAUCGCCGGCGGCGGAAUCUACUGGUUGCUCUGGGCUAUCGUCCUGCCCAAGUUGGGGGGUUACGAGCUCGUGCGGGAGGCAUACGUGGAUGAGAUUGAUGGGUGGAAGAGGUGGCGUUUUGUUCGGAAGAGUUUGCGGUAG